AUGGAUGAAUCAAAAACACAAUCUAAUAUAAUAAUUCAAGGAUUAGCUAUGGAAAAAAAUAAUAAUGAAGUAUUGGAAUCUUCUUCACAAUAUAAUGAAAAGGCUGAAAUUCAUGAAAUAUAUAUUCCAGAAUCUUCAGAAUCACAAAAUAAUACACCAGAUACGAAUCAAGAUGAAGUGAGAUCAAUGAAAAAUUUUUAUGUAAUCUCUAGUGGAUACUUACUUUUCACACUCACAGAUUCAGGCCUUCGGAUGAUUGUGUUGUUUGAGCUAUUUAAUGAACAUUAUGGU